ACUUUUGGCCAAGUUCUGAGAGUUUCUACAGAAGCUAAAAUUAUUAAAACGUUCGUUUUAGCUCCUACGCAGAGCCUAAUAUUUCGCUUUCAGCGUUUAGUCGGCGGAUGAAUACAUAGUCCGGCUGCGCUGCAAGUAAUAAGCAGAUGGUAGCCAUUUUGGUUGUGAACAAAGAUAUUGGCAAUCUUUUUUGGGAUUAAAUUUUCUUAAAGUGCUCACUCUGCAGUUAAUUCCCACCACGCAUUACUAUGCUCCAGCAACUUUUUUAUGUGUAUUCGUAGCCAUGGCCGAUAGAAGGAAACUACAAGGAGAAAUAGAAAGGUGUUUAAAGAAAGUAAGCGAAGGCGUGGAGCAGUUCGAGGACAUUUGGCAAAAGGUCUACAAUGCAACCAACACAAAUCAGAAAGAAAAAUAUGAGGCUGACCUUAAGAAAGAGAUUAAAAAGCUCCAGAGGUUACGAGACCAAAUUAAAACGUGGAUGGCGUCGAGCGAAAUCAAGGACAAGAGGAUCCUUAUGGACAACCGGAAGUUGAUAGAGACGCAAAUGGAGCGGUUCAAGGUGGUGGAGCGCGAGACGAAGACCAAAGCGUACUCGAAGGAGGGACUGGGCGGAGCGCAGAAGGUGGACCCCGCCCAGAAGGAGAAGGAGGACAUCACCAACUGGCUGUCGAAUUCGAUAGCGAUCCUCAACAUCCACGUCGACCAGUUCGAGAGUGAAGUCGAGUCCCUAAUGAUCGGAGUCAAGAAAAAAAAGAAUGACAACCAGGACCGUCUGGAGGAGCUGAAGCUGCUGCUGGAGCGGCACCGGUACCACAUCGUGCAGCUGGAGACGCUGAUGCGGAUGCUGGACAACGGCACGGUGGAGGUGUACAAGAUCCGCAAGAUCAAGGAGGACAUAGAGUACUACAUCGAGUCGUGCCAGGACCCGGACUUUGAGGAGAACGAGUUCCUGUACGACGACCUGGACCUGCGGGACAUGGCCCCGCUGGACUACCUGUCCAAAGGGGCCGAGCUGCUGCCCGCCGAGAACUGCCUGCUGCCCCCGGGCGGGGGCUCCGGGGACGGCAGCGCCACGGGCCUGCCCGCCGAGGAGUGUGGGUCGUCGGCCCAGUCGGACACGCCGGCAUCGACCAACUCGAGCUCGCCCGUGCCCAGCCCGGGCCUCACCAAUCAUUCCAGGCCCUGCGAGAGCGGUCAGGCAGGGAAGCCGGUCACGGUUCGGAGUCACGUGCCCAACUCGUCAGGGAAUGCAGCCACACAGAACAGCAGGGGGCCCGCACCCAUCACGUCACGGAACAACAGCACAUCGUCCCAAAGCAGUAGCAACAGUUCUCCGUCAGUCAACUCUCACCAGAACCACGCCGUGGCUUCGCCGCCGUCGACACCUUACGCCGUUGCGGCAGCGGCCAACACCAAAGCGGACAUGUCGUGCCUGGUGGACGGGGGCCUGAUGAUGCCGUGCUCAGGAACGCCGUCCCCUCCCCCGUCUUCCGGGAUGCAGUCGUGCAUCGGGAUGCAGGACCAGUACCACCGGACACUCUCUUCCUCGCCCGUGCAGCACAACAACAACAACAGCAGUUCGUCGUCCUCAACGACGUCCACGUCGUCCUCCUGCCUGAGCGGCGGCUCCCAGCUGCUGCACAGCGGGAGCAACAACAGCGGAGCCGACCUGGGCAACAGCGGGAUGGGCUCGCUGUACGGCCUGGUAGGCUCGCAGCAGGGGGGCACGGGGAGGCCCAGCUCUCCCACGGCGCCCUCGCCCCACCUCAUGAACGGUCCCCUCCAGGACAAGAUGGGAGAUUCGUUGUCAUCGCUGAAGUCUAUAGCGCAGCAGGCAGUCCUCAACGCGGGCCUCGAGAGUCACCUCCAGUCACCUCAACAUCAGCAGCAACAUCAUCAGCAGCAACAGCAACAGCAGCAACAACAGCAACAGCAGCAGCAGCAGCAGCAGCAGCAGCAGCAGCAGCAGCAACAACAGCAGCAGCAGCAGCAGCAGCAACAGCAACAGCAGCAGCAGCAGCAACAACAGCAGCAUCAGCAACAUCAGCAGCAGCAGCAACAGCAGUCACAUGCGGCAGCUUGCGAGCGAGCGUUGUUCGAGGGUCUCUCCCAGCACAUGGUGCCCCCCAAGGGCCCGUCUCAAGCCCCGCCCUCGGCCACGCCCCCGUUACUGGGAGGCUCCGCCCCCUCGGGGGUGGUGGCCACCCAGCAGUCGUGCGGGGCGCCCACGGCGGAGGCGCACAUCCCUCCCCUCCUGGGCGUGGCCCCGCUGGGGCCCGCCCCCCUGUCCAAGGAGUGCUUCUACCACCUCCACCUGCUGGAGGCGGCCGCGCUGCACAUGCCCCAUCCGUCGGACUCUGAGCGCUUACGACCGUACCUGCCGAGGAACCCGAGCCUGGUGCCCAACUUCUACCCGCAGAGCCUGCCCCACUGCGACACGGUGGACUUCUUCCAGAAGCUCUCCACCGAGACACUCUUUUUUGUAUUCUACUAUAUGGAGGGAUCAAAGGCGCAGUACCUGGCAGCGAAGGCCUUAAAGAAGCAGUCGUGGAGGUUCCACACAAAGUACAUGAUGUGGUUCCAGAGGCACGAGGAGCCCAAGACCAUCACGGACGAGUACGAACAGGGGACGUACAUCUACUUCGACUACGAGAAGUGGAGUCAAAGGCGCAAGGAGGGCUUCACGUUCGAGUAUAGGUACUUAGAAGACAGAGAUCUGAACUGAGUGGGCGUGGUUGGGUCGCUGCCGUUUUUGCCUCUCUCCGAGGAGGGUCGUCGUCGCUCUUCAGUUCGUUUCUUUUUUUCGUCUCGGUCCGACACUUCCGUUGAUUUUUUUUUUCUUCGCGGGAACCACAAUUGGCGGAGGCGACUGAGAACCGAAAUCUGCCAUUCGACCCAUCGUCGUCCUCGUCGCUUCAGCGUCACGGCAAACUGAGAAGACGAGAAGACCUCCGCCCUCAAAAAAGCAGCAGAGAGAGAGAAAAAAAAAAAAAGAAAAGACAUCAUCACGCCGCCAUGCUUCGCGUGUUGUACAAAGCAUCAGAAACAAGACAUGGGAGGGAGCGAAGAAAAAUAUUAGUUUUGGAUUUUCGACGCCGACCGGCCGAAAGCGUAGCCCCGUUGCUGCCGCGAACGUCGUGCCAUUUAGUCACGGUCGUGGCGGGCCGAUCUUGCGGAUAGCCCGCGAGACUAGCCCACCGGAUUAAUCCUGGAAGCAAAAGCGAGAGAGCGCCGGAAAUGCGGGCAUCUAGACGUCGUCGUCGUCGCCGCCGCCGCCGCAGUUGCCUCCGUUUCUUACUGCCUCCAUUUUUCGACUGAGCGUUUUUUUUUCUCGUUCUUUUUUUGUGUGUUUUCGUUUUUUGUAGAUGUUAUUCUUUCGUUGUAGUAGUGGUCGUUGUCUGGGUCGCGCGCCAUCACACAUACAUGCACAUGUGUACAUACAUGAGGAUGAUGAAAUGGGAGAGAUGUAUAAAAGAAAAUCAAUCGUCCCUCUCGCCGUUUUCGCGAAGGGAGGCCCCUUGUGGCGGCGGCGGCGGGUGUCGACGGUCUGUCUCGUGCGUCGUUUGGGAGGCUUCCUUGCUCCGUAACCUUCACAGGGAAAGUCGUAAUUUUCGCGGGGAGUUCCGUAAUUUUCUCAGGAGUUCCCGCACUUCUCAUUAUUUUCACAAUUCCUGCCGACUCGGGCCUAAGACCCAUGCCGGAGCAGCCCAGUCAUUACUUGCAGUAACCCAACACGACUUCUAACUUCCCGGUUACACUGCGGUUACUCCAAGGGGAGGGGGAGACUAAAAUGGCCUAUAAAAUCUCCGUAAAGGGUGUCAGCGGGCCAAGGAGCUAUUACUAUUGGGAAGGGUGUAAAACGAGAGUUCACGAAACCAGUGUUUUCAAAUUGCGUGGUGAUUAUUCCGUUGCAGCGCGCAUCGGUUAUCUUGUCAGUUCAGGCGUUGGCGAGGUGCGUUUCGGUUUCGUCGGCGUGCCGGAGGUGGAACGCCCGGGAUUGCUAGAAAUUUGAGAGGGUUAAGUGUAAAUAAUGUGCGUGGUCAUGUAUAUAUAUAUAUUAUACACGUGUGAUGAUAUAUAUAUCGAGAGUUGCGAUUCGGAGGCGGCACCAGUGGAACGCUUCUCGGCAAAUCUGCGGUUUGAGCGACUUUUCACUUUUGUUCGGAGGGUGGGAAAGGGACCUGGUUUCUUGUUAACGACCGACGGCAGCGUCAUAUUUUGUUUGAAUUACGUCGUAGUUUCCCAGACAAAACAGUGCUUUAGAUUUCAUUGUUUAAUUUGUUUCCAGUGCCUUAUUAUUUCUGGGAGGAGGGACUUUACGGUUUCGAUAACUAUUCUCGUGAACGAGCCGUUCGCAUUUUUUUUUUUGGCACUUAUUUUCAGCUGGAAUGGUACCAGUACAUUGAAAAAUUUAUGUAUUUUGUUAUUCGCUUUAAUUUUUUAGACCUUGUAGGGGAGCUUGCAUUUUGUGGAAAGUGUUCAGUACGCCCUCUGCCGAGACGCGUUCUUCGAGCCGCCGCACCUGAAAAACCCCGGUUUCCGGCACGUCACGACGGACUGGAACUCCGCCGCUCGCAACGUCUGCGGUCGUACCUGCAAUAAUCCUUUUUGUUCGGUUCCAUUUGAGAGGGGGGGGGUCGUCGUCAGUACGGCCAAUAAAAAUUUGCAGAGGGUUUUUUAGAGACGGCAGGGUGGCACGUGGCUACAGCUUUUUCGGCGCAAAGUUGGCACAUAGCCGGCCGUGUGUCGGCCUAUAGCCGGCAUUCGGUCGGCAUUUGACCGGCUGUUGGUCGGCUCUUUGUAUCUUGUUUUCCUGGGUUGCGGUUCAUCGACCCAAGGAGCGAGUUGUCCAUUCUGCCAAAAGGAAGACUGCGAGAAGAAAGAAGCCAGGAAGUGGAGGGAGAAGGAAGGAAGGAAUGGGGAGGGAGAGGAAAACGGACCACAAGGUUGGAUCUCUUCUUGCGGGAGGGGGCACGUGUACAUAUUUUCCCGAGGACGGAGGGGGGGACGGAACCCUCCGAAGUUUGGACUUUAAAAGUCCCGCCGCCACCGCAAAGUGGAAGAAGCAAAAAUAAAAAGAAAACUUUUCCGUUCGUGAAGACCCAA